GAUAAAGACUGACAUCUCAUAAUGUUACAAGAGAUAUCUUUAUUUAAAUCCUACUUAACUUCAAAGUAAAAUGUGAACGCCAACGUUUUAUGCCAAAUAAGCGGUUUCGUCAAGAGGUUUUUCUGGCUCGUCCAUUAUUGAUGCAUUUCGUCGUGGUUUGUCAAACUGACAAUUAGGAGGAAUUAAAAAGAAAGCACGGCAUUCGUUUGUAGCAUUUAGCGAGAAAAGAGUGUGGCGUUGGGGCGAAAUUAUUGUCAAAAAAUAUAAUUGAUGUAUACAGUCUAUAUGUAGGCGAAUAUAUCUAGGUGAUUCGCUUUACAUGUAUAGCCCAAGGGCAAGGGAUUGUUGCUGUUUCUGACAUUCGAUGGCCUCUAGACUAACAACACCUGCCAGCAGUCCAGCUAGACCGAAACGCAGCCCUAAAAAAUCCAAGAAAAAGAUCAAGGAGAAAAAUUCACCGAAUGGAGAGGUAUGGUUUAUGAGUAGCCUACAUUGUCCUUGAUAUUGUGUAAGUACAUAAAAAACUCACUUCUUGUCCUUCAAGAUUCGAGUCGUUCCCUCGAUUUUUGUUUUGUUUAUUGGCUCACACAUUAUGUAGGUUUGUAUUUUAGUAGUACAUAUAUGUACGUAUGAAAAAAAAACAAAAACGAACGUGCAUGAAUAAAUACAUCUUCAUGUCUUGUGCACUGGACAAUUGAUUGUAGAGGUGAAUAAGAAAGCAAAGGUCUACACCGACUCAUUACUCGAAUCUCGAAUGCACGCAAGAUGCAAUAUAUGAUUUGUUUCAAAUUUUAAAAAAUGUCUGCUGGAAACAGAUUCUCAAUUACAUGCAUAUAUAGUAAUAAUAUAGAUAAAUAGCCUUUUACAUAUGCACAGCUGUUAAAUGGUUCUGUCACAUUUAAAUUAUAUUGUCAUUGCUUUUAUACACUUGAUAUUAUAUUUGUGAGCUUUCGCAUAUUGUUUGUAACAUUUAAUAAUAUACAGAAAAAUAUCGAUAUUCCGUUUUGUUCUUGGGCUAUUGACAUACAUACACGUAAACUGCAUUGCUGUUAAAUGUUCUGUGACUUCUGCCGCAUCUAAGGCGCGCACCGUUUUUUUUGUGUCAAAAAUGUGACUGCACUAGUGAUAAUGAUAACUAAUAAUCAUAGGCGUCGAAAGAUCGAUAAGUGGGGGGGACCAUAUUCAUAUAUUCGUGUUCACAGACCUUAAAAACAAUCGAUUUCAAAAUAAAUUAAUAAUGCAGAACACGAAUAUAUGAAUAUGACCCCCCUCCCCCCCCCACUUAUCGAUCUUUCGACGCCUAUGCUAAUAAUUCCUUGUUAAAAACGAGUUCAUCUUCGCAAUUAUCUUCGUUUUAGAUAAAUUGCUUUUCUCAUCCUUUAUGUCAUGUUUGUUUAAUUAAAUGUUAUCUGUUGAUUGGAAGCAUCAUAUUAAAAAGUUUCAGCCAAGGCAUGCGUCUCAACACCAGCUCCUCAAUCGUAAAAUCACUGCGCGGUCCCUGUAAAUAUAGUUUCAUUACAAGACGAAAUCCUUAAAAAUCUUACAGUAAUGAUUUUAGUCAAGUGUUCCUCAGUAACCUUCAAGGCUCAAAAUGUUUCUUUUCUAUAUAAAGUAAUCAAAGUUUUUGGGUAAACACUUCUGGUAAAGACCAAUCUACACGAUACGACAGAAUCGGAACCUUACAGAAGGUCGACUUCUUGCUUUUGCCUGUUACAUUAUUACAUUACAUUGUUGUUCAGCUCACUUCCCAUUGGGGCUUUUCAGUGACCGAUUAUAUCAAGUAUUACGCCUACUUAUGUUACUUAGCGUAGACUAUUUAUCUUUUAUACAACAAUUGUGAUUACUUUCUUAACUGUGGUCGUAACCCGCCCUCUUAACUUUCCCUGUGGGAGGAAACCGGAGCGCCCAGAGAAAACCCACGACUUUCGGCAGAGCGUUGACUGACUCUUUUCACAUGAGUCCCUAGCGAGAAUCGAACCCACGGGCAACCUCGUUCCCAGGCUCUUUACGAGGUUGACCCACGGGCUCAGAGGUGAAAGGCGCUUGCUAUGACGACUGCGCCACCGAAGCCCCCUGCCAUGAGGAAGUCAGUGCGCUCAUGAGAGGCAUUCACCCCCCUGAAAAUAUUCAAAAUGGCGGAUAUUCAGGGGGAUGAUUGCCUCUCAUAUUUCGAGUCAUUGUUGGUGCAUUAUUUUACUCACGUUUUCUGAGCCGUCAAAAUGUCCGGCUGAUGUUUUUUGUGACAUCGAGUGUUUGGCAAAUAUGUACUUACUCCCACGCGACAUUACUUGUACGUAAUGUUUCAGACGUAAUGAAAGUUAGCGCUCCAAUCUUGCCGCAACACGUGAGGUUUCAAUGUCACUCGUUCUGACUUCAAUCGCAUUUCUCAACUCGCAUGCCCCGAUCAAACGAGAGUUGGUGAGAGUUGAACACUGGUUAUUAUACCGCGCGCGUAGCGCAAACUCUCCGAUAAACUCUCAUCAAAAUUUGAGCCAGUUCAAAGUCAAUAAGAGUCGAUGAGGGUUGGUUGAGCGAGAGUUGCAGCUCUUAUCAACUUCCUUCGUUUGACUGUCACAUGACCAUAAAGGCCUACACAGACCGGACGCGAUUCGGCAACGCGACGCGAAUUUUCAGUUUUCAAGAACGAAUAAAACCGUCAACGGAUAAAAAUUUUACAAGAUAUGCAGGCCAAAUAGCUGAAAUUGCUUAAGUGGUUCCGAAUAUUUGAAAAACAUAGAAAAAUAGUAAAGUUAAAUGUCAUUGAAAAUUGAAAAUUUGCGUCGCAAUGACGAAUCGCGUCCAGUCUGUGUGGACCUAAAUUUUCGUCUGCGACGGCGCAGCGACCACUUAUAGCAUAAAGUAAUAUCGGUAUAGGCCUUUAAUUAUCAGUGUAUAGUGAUAAUUACUUCAUGUGUUUAUCUUUAUGAGCUCCUUAAUGACCUUAAAGUUCUUUCUAUGAACAUGUAUGACAGCUAAAUACUAUUUCUUGACUUUCUCGCUACAUUUUUUUCGCUUUGUUUUUAAGCCCAUUUUCCACUAGGCGAAUUUGUUCGCGCGAACAAUAAAAAGGUAGUAACUGUCCACCUUCUUCGCGCGGCGAAUUUUUUUCCUAACAUUGCCAAGAUUUGUUUCUCGCUUCGCGCGAGCAAACUCGACUUGCGAUUUGUUUUAUUAACGAAACUUACGUAUUGUGCCAGACAUCAAUUUUACAUCAACGUAAUUAAACAUUUCAUGCAUGCAAAUCGAGUUAAUAUUAAUCUUUUGUAUACAUUUUAACGUACGAAAUAUUCAAUAUAUAUUACUGUUAAUGUUAUAGAUGUGUAUUUUACUAUCCGUUCUCAAAGGAACUAUAUAUUGAGUUGACGGUCGAACAAACCGUUGCAAGCUGUGUAAAGCUUAAUUAUCGACUAUUAAGAACUUCACGGUGAAAAAAGCCGUUGAAAAAAUUACGCUACUUUUAUUUUGAUUGGAUUGUAAUGAUGCGCGAUGUAUUAACAUAUAUUUACGCCGAGUACUAGAACGAAAUUUGACAGUUUUUUAUUGAUCAAAGACUAGUUUUUCACCCAUCUCAUUUAUGUUGCAGUACAAUGUUUUCAACCGAUAUGAUGAAAUAAUUCAUUGCAUUUAUGAAAAAAGUCGGCAAUUAAACCUUGCAUUCAAAGGCUGUUAAAAUUAUCAAUAUAUUUGCAAUAAGUCCAGUCCAGCUUGUUUUGCCCACGGCCAGCUGCCGUAGCUGUGAAAUGCAUCGUGGGAUAUCUACAAAACUGCCCGCCCACGUAUAUGCAUCUGUUGUUAAGACAGAAUGUUUUUAAAACCAAAAGCAUCGGGUUAGACAAAUAGCAGUUAAAACGGACAAGUUAAUACUAUAUUAUGAUAUACCUAUAAUUUCAGGCUAUCGCAAUGGGCUGUUCUCCGUCACAGGCUGUCAUCGUACAAUCCACAAAAACUGAGAACUCCCAUUUACACCCGACGAUUUUUAUGGUCGGUGAGAAAAGUCUUCAAAUGCUACGCGAACUGGGGGAAUUGAAGUUCUAUCAGUUAGCGCAGCAUAGCGAGACCGAGAAUACCCUGACUGAGAAUCCGCACAACGAUUUCGCUGCUCAAUUGGAGAAUCCUUUGCAGUAUUUACGAGAUGAACAGUCAAAAAGUAGUGGCAAUUACCAAGUCACUGAAAGGUCAGUGUGCAAGAUCAAGACGGAUUAUUUAAUACAUGCUCAAAAACAUGAACCUGGGUUAAGCAACAAUGGUGUGAAUGACCGAGAAAGUAGCGUUGGAUUUGAUCAUUUAUUGGGCAAUCUGCCAAGUGAUUCGGUUAAUCAAAUAUCGACUAAAAAUGCAAGCGAUUCACCGAUUCUGUUAUCCCCUAAUUCUCUCAGUCAUUCUUCGGGUAUGGAUAUCAAAAUUACAGCUAAAAACACCAGCAGUUCACCAAUUUUACUCUCCGGCACUUCUCCGAGUCAUUCUGGGGGUAAAGGUAUCAAAAUUACAGCUCAGAAUUUAAGCCGUUCUCCGACUCACGACAAGACUAAAACCGCACUGUCACCGAACAGCCUUCACAGAGAAUUGAAUCUUAAGAUCAAUGACAAUGCUAGUACUACCUCGACGACAAUCAGUGCAAAUGACCCUCUGGAUGAGAUUGUCUCAGCGCCGGAUGCGAGCAGUACGACUCUCGCUCUGACUUCGGCAAAUGAGGGUAAUGUUACGCCGAAGACAAAAACGAAGAUGUUUUUUGGGCGAAAUCGCGUAAUGCCCAAACGUGAUGUUUCAGAUAAGUACGAUGUACGAACAUCGGAACACGAACAGGCUUUUAGUCGUAAUGUAGAUGAUAGCUGAAUGUUUAAAUAGAUUGAUCUACGAUACUUUUUUACGAGAUCGACAUGCAAAUGGCGAGAGGCCGGUUGUACGAAUGAUGGACAACGCUAUUCACCGGAUGAUUUUGUAUUUAUAAAUUAAAGUUUCUUUUUGUUGAUUGUGAGGUCUGUGUCCGUAGUUUUAUGGCGUCUCAAGCAAUUUUGAAACGGUUGAAAAAAUCACAAUCCGAUGAAUAGCACUAUCCGACAUUCGUACAAGCGCCUCCAGAGAAAUUUGUCUUGUUCCGACACAGACGAAUAUCAAUCUUACCGUCAAGAAUUAACAACGCACUCAAAUUAGUUUGCGCUCACAAACUUGUAUAAGAUAGUUAAAAUUAACAGUUAUAGUGCGAUAGUCAAUGAAGG